GUGGGAGCAGGAGGUUCUCUCGAGGGCUCUGGACACUCUCGUCGGUUCUUGGAGGUGUUUCCGGCCUCGGGCACGCGAACACGAAAAGUGCCCAGGAUUGGCACACUCACUCACUCACACACACACACACACACACCCUGGCUCAAGCCUGUCGGGCUCUUGGAUUGCGCUGGUUUGCAGCGCACGUCCCACGCCGGAUACCGCACCAUCAGUUCUGUCCAGAUGCCAGUGGCGCUGCUGCUGAUACUCUCCGCCCCCCUGGCCAAUGCCGUCAGCCUGAGCAUCGGGAGCGAGACGGACCACAGCGCCGCCUCGCGUGCCCGGGUGCAGGCCCUGGCUGCUUCGGCGGAGGCCAUGCAGUACUUCCGCAGGCUCGAGGCCGCGUCGUCCAGGAGGCCGGUGCUCGUGCCUCCGGGCGACGUCCGCAGGGCGGAGGUCUCCAGGCCCUCCAGCGAGCACCGCUCGAGCCUCCUGGGCCUGGACGCAAGCCAGGCGCACAGGGUGGCGGCGGACUUCCAGCCCUCGGCGGAGUUCCAGGCCGAGGGCGCGACGGGCGCGUCUGGGCGGCAGUCGCAAGGGUACAGCCAGGGCUCCGAGCUGCCGUGGGGCGUCGGGUCGCCACGAACCGGCGACUCGCUGCCGAUCUCCCACUACUCGGCCAUGCCCUUCAUCGAUUUCCCCAAGGAGCUCGAGUACAGCCUGGAGACGGGCGACAACGUUCAGAGCUUCAGCAGUGCCUCGCAGGACGUGAAGCUCAUCACGCAGGUGCUGGAGAACAUCACCAACGGCUUCUACGUUGAUUCCAACGGGGCCGAUGGUGAGAAGAACAGCAACACGCUCUUGCUCGAGCUCACAGGCUGGCGCGGCCUGAUCUUAGAGCCCCGCGUGUACGAGUUUGUGACCUUGUGGGGCAAGUUCCGGAAGGCGUGGUUGUUUCUUGGGGCCCUGUCGCCGCACGAGAACGCUACGAAGAUCGGAUUCGCCCAGGAUGGCACGAUCGACAUGUUGAGCGGGCACAAGAUCCACGCCUACGCCAUGCCGAGGUUUCUCGAAGAGAUGGGCGGCAGGAGAAGCAUCGACUUCUGGAGCCUGAGCACCGGUGGGUACGAGGCGGAGGUCCUCAACGAGACCUUGCUGAACUCGGGGAAGAACAUUGAGAUCGGCGUCAUCCUGGUUAACUUCGACGGCCGUCGCACUGGUCGUGGCGAGCAGUCUUUUGUUCAAGCUAGGUCCAAGGAUGACACCGAAGAGCUGGUCUUUGAGAUCAUGCACAACGCCAGCUUCAAAUACAUCGGAGGUCUGGAUGCGUAUUGGAUCAAUUACGUCGAGCCGCGCUUCCACUACAAGGACGCCGUGUUCGUUAACCCCUCAUACUUCCAGGCACGGGACAUCCCGACCCCGCAAUCGGUCAAGGCUGCACCCCCUCCCCCGCUGAGCUAUCCCCUGGCCGACCACGACUGGCCCGGCUUCAGCACCUGGGACUCGGGCUACUCCGCCGACGAGGAGGUCGAGAGGAUAAUGGCAUACAUGGAGAAGGCGAAGCGGGACGCCACCGCAGCGGAGCCAGUGGCGAAGGCCCACCGCGUAGAGCCGUCGAGGCUGGUCGGCCUCGAGUAGGCAGCGGUGCACUCUCUGGGAACGGGUGCGCUCUUUUUGUUGUGGUGCGGUCCUGCUGGCACGAGAGCCCAGGCGAGAGGGGUCCCAACUCUCUCAGGGCUGGAAAAAGCACACGCUACAUUGGCGUCUUGAUUUGCACUGUCGUCACACAGCGGGUGAAGUCGCCCAGCCUUCUGAGAGGUCCCCCGCGCCUUCUGAAAGAAGGCUUUCUCCUUCCCACUCCCCCCCCCUCGUUCGCCGCCGACUCAUGGCAGCACGAUGACUGCACCGAC